AUGGCAAAAGUAUUGUCAUGUGGUGUGGAAUUUAUACGAGGGAUAUUACUUCUGUUGAACGUGUUUUUUGCACUUGUUGGUCUUGGUUUAAUUGGACUUGGUAUUUAUGUCAAAGUUGACAAUAAAAUUUCAGCAGUCUUAAGUAAAUUUACUGAGGUAAGUAGUUUCUCAGGACAAUCACUGGGGUUUCUAGCAUUCGUUCUAAUUGGUGGCGGUAUUUUUACCAUUCUUAUUGCAAUAUCCGGUUGUCUAGGAUCUUUAUGGCGCAAUCGAUGUUUGUUAUAUUUGUAUGCCAUCAUUCUUGGUGUUCUGAUGAUUAUUGAAUUAGUUGGUUUUAUCUUAGCAUUUGUAUAUAAAGACAAACUUGAAGAUGUAUACAGAAAAACUUUAACGACAGUCUUUGUCAAUGCUCUAAUCGCUAAUGAUACAAAAGUAUUAGAUGCUUUUCAUGAUAUGGAAGAAUCAUUGCAAUGUUGUGGUGUAAAUGGCAAAACGGAUUAUACAGAACAUGGAAAAGAUGCCUCUAGUUGGUGUUAUGAAUAUCAACAAGGCUGCUCUACGAUUAUUAUUAACACGCUUAAGAAAAAUUUACCAAUCAUUGGAGGUAGUUUAGGUGCUGUUUUAUUUUUGGAACUAUUCAGUUUCAUUGGUGCUAUUGUAUUAGCUGUAGCGCUCAAGCAUGCACCUGAUGAUACUGAUUCAUCAAGUCCUCGAGACGUGAUCGCUCAGGUUAUACCAGGUCGACGUCGUAAUUAUUAUAAACUUUCAUAA